AUGAGCCGCCAAACUGGCUAUGUGGGCCAGCCCGGUGCCAGCUAUAAUUACCCGCAAUCCAAUCAGCCGCCCGUUAUCCGCAACAGCGUCAACCCUGGGACCACGCCAAUGGCCCGGCCGCUCAAAGCAGCGCAAACACAGCAGGACAAGUUUGGAUCGCCCCUCGUCAGCAAUUCCUCCUCCACGUCACGUGCUUCCUCCUUUUUCUCGUCCUUUCGUAAAAACUCUGUGGAAAUGGACAGAGCGCACGCACCAGACCGGGCCUAUCAGACGAUGAGCGCCGCUGCCCAGAGUCAGCGCAGGCCAGAAACAGCCCAGUGGGACGAAUAUGGACGCCCGUUGAUGUCGAUGGGUGCUGCUAACGACUCGAUGCGUCCACAGCAGGCCAGGACAACAUCUGGCCCCUCUAAACUAGUCAGCCCCCGCGCACAAACCCUGCAGCAGUCGCAUUCGUACACAGGAUCCGUUUCGUCAACAAACUCUGGCUCAGUUGGACGACGGAAAUCGGCGCUCAUUCGUGAUAUUCCGACAAAGGACGAGUAUACAGGCGCAGUCCAUCCAGAGAUUCAGCAGGUCGUCGGCCUGACCGUCGCCCAUAGUGGCAAAGUAUAUGCUUCGGGACCUCUGGUGAGGAGAAACGAACGCAACGCAGAUGGCACUACGAACAAGGAUGCCCAAUGGAUCGAAGUCUGGGCUCAGUUGGGAGGUACUACCCUCAGCGUUUGGGAGAUGGAAGCUAUCAACAAGGCAAAUGCAGAAGGUCGUCAAGUCCCUCCAACCUAUAUCAACGUCACAGACUCGAUUGUCCAAGUGCUCGGUUCCGUCAUGAACCCUCAAACAACAACCUCUCCAGAACAACGGCACAGUAAUGUCAUUACAAUCAACACCGCGGGGUCCAACCUCAUUCUUUUUGCUUGCCCCAACCCUCCGACUUUGCUCUCGUGGGCCACGGCCCUUCGGCUUGCAUCAUGGGAAAAGUCGCGAAUCGAAGAAAUUUACACCGGCCACUUAUUCCGGCUGGGCAUGAUGGAUGGUAACCGGUUCCUUGAACCGGAUAGCACGCUGCACAAGGGCAAGCUCGAAGGAUGGGCCAAAGUUCGCAUAAGCGGCACGACAGAGUGGCAGCGUCUGUGGGUGGUCAUCACCACAGGUUCGCAAACCUCUUCCUCUAUUGAUAGUGGUCGACCGGGUUCACCAGAUGGGUCCACGAAACGAAAUAGGCUUUCUAGCUUUUUGGGCGGGAAGAGUUCGACUUCGAAUAGCGGCCAUGGCAGUGGCUUUGUCGGGGUGCCGACGAUUGGAAUGUACCCCAGUAACAAGACCAAGGACAAGAAGCGUGUGCUGUACACGACUACGGAUGUAACGCAGGCUUUCGCCGUUUAUCCCGAACGACCCGAAGUCAUCAAUCAGAGUUCUCUAUUCAAGAUUGAAGCCACGAUCAAAGAUGAACAGGCGUAUGCGUCUACGCCAAUGAGAGAGCGAGCUCCUGAUGCUCGUGAAGGAUACGCUCUCAUUAUUCCUGAACUCGAGCCCGGAAAGCAGGGUUCUAGUGAGAUGAUCAAGUGGCUUAUUGCUAUUCAUGACGCUUUCCGGCUCUAUGGCCGACCCGAGAGUUAUUCGUGGAAUCCACGUGAUCCAAAGUCCAUGUUUUUUACUUAUCCAUAUGGGCCGUACAGAGACCAUCUAUUCCUUGACCGCGAACUGGCAGAGGUCAUUGAUCCACGCAUUCAUCAGACUUCCAAAGUCAGAGCCAAGCUGAUGGAUAUCCUGAUCCAGCGAAUGCAUGCACCUCCUCAACCGCCUCCUGCCAACGGCAGCCCUCAACUCCCGCCGCUCAACUUUGGUCAAGACCAACACCUCAGCAGCAGCAACAGCAGCAACAGCAACAGCAACAGCAACAGACGCAAGAAGGAUCCCAUAUCCAAGGGCGCGAGUACGGCAAGUGCAGAGAUGCAUUCGAUGGUGCCUGCUCAGCGAUCGCCCGCGAAUUAUGAGCCUCAGCCAGCACAGAACGGUGGUGCUGCAUCUUUUGCUCCAAGCUCGCAGUCUACGGAGUUGCCGUAUGGGAGGAGGCCAACUGUAUCCACAGCGGAUUCGCAUGGUCAGGCGGCGGCAUCUUCUACUCCUAUUGGGGAAACAGCAAAACAUGUGCAACGCCAGGCUUCCAUGGAUCGCUCAUGGUCACCUUCCCGCGACAACGCCGCAGCUUUCAACCCGUCUGUACCAGUGAGGACCCAAACGACACCACGACCAUCGGUGGAUACCAACUCUCGCACUGGUUCCCCUCUCUCCACCCGCAAUUAUGCGCCUCCAGCGGUCCCGCCGUCUAACAUUGCUUCCACAGCUGCUAAUGGACAGAAUCCAGGCCCAUCCGGGGCAUCUGUCAGUAAACCAGGCUCUUACUCUUCAACGCCUCCACCUACUGCCACCUGGGGACCUCCCUCAGGACCUCCCACAGGACCUCCCACAGGACCUCCCACGCCAUCAAGAGGCACUAAUGUUCAACAAAUGACGUCGGCGGCACAGCCCUCAUCAGCUCCCACAGCUCAAACGUCCGCUGUCGCCGCUGAGCCGUCAGAGGACGCACGGCUCUACGACGAAGCAGGGGCUCUCUACAUGUUGUCUCAGAUAGAUGAACCGGAUGAAUUUUCGCCUCUUCGAGAAGUGCCGAUGCAGCCGCUGCCACCUCGCCUUGCUGCGCUUGAGCGACAGCGACAAAAUUCGGCGGGACGCGAGGAAGAUAUUCCGGCCUCGCCAUUUGCGAGCACGAGCAACAUAGCAGCUCAAUACACGACACCAAGGAAUCAAAAUGCGUACAGUCCGACAUUUGGUGGGAGCAGUAGCGGUGGCGUUGGAAACACGUCGAUGCGAAGCGAGGGCUUGGCGACAGGGAGUGCCUCAUUUAGUCCAGAACCGAAACGGACUGGAUCGUCGUCGAAAAUAGCUUCGUCUCCACCACCAUCCGCUCCGGUUUCUGCUCCUACCACUCCCAGUUUUUUGCCACCUCAGAGUCGACAGACGUCCGUUCAAGAGUACACUGCGUCGCCGUUGCCCAUGAGCGCCAAAUCUCACGAAGAACAUGAAGACGACAAUGCUGAUGUGUUUGCGGCCAUCAACUAUAUGAAUGUUACCGACGAGCAACCCGCGCACCAAAACGGGAAUUUGAUCCCUCCGCCAACGACCGCGAAACCAGGCGCGCCGAUCACACCGUCUGCGAGUAGCAGUGACAGCGGAAAGGACCCGCAGCAGACACGUUCGUCGUUCGCGCCCUCUGCAAAAUCCGCAGAGCGGAAAGCACAUGUAGAAGCAACUCAGGCCGCAAAAGAUAAUAACCGACACAAGCCUGGACGUAGCAAGCCCAAGCAAGGUAGCACGGCUCAUGGGGCUUGGGGAGCCAGUAGCGACGAGGAAGAAGAGGAAGAAGAGGACGACGAUGAUUCGGAUGACGAUGCAGGUCCCUCAAAAUUGCCCCAACAAAAGAGUGGGACAAUUGUUUCGCCUCAGCCGCAACCACACCCUACGCACCCCAAUCCAAUGUCGGAGUUGGCGCAUUCCAAUGGUCAAUACAGUUCCGUGGAUUCCCGGGGUGGACCAUCGCGGAGACUUCCUGCUAUCCCAGGACCAUCAUACUCCAAUGGAGCGAGUCCAAUCCCUCAUCCAGACCCUUACCGCCACGCGGAACCACGUUCACUACAAGGCCACGCGGAACCACCUCGUUCACUACAAGGCCACGCCUCACAACCAUCUUCUUCUGAUCCUCAUGCCUACCCGAGGCGAACGGUGGAGACUACAGACGAAUUUGGACGACGUGCACCACCUGAGUCCCAUCAAUCUCACUCUCGGCCGACUUACCAGGAGCGACCACAGGUUCAAACCAUGCCGAAUCGACCAAUGUGGAGUACCGUUCUCGAUCCCGCUGGAGAGGCCCCGACAAAGACCAAUGCGCGCAAUACCUUUGUCACACUCGAACCCAACGAGACAAUGACCAUGGCGUUCCAGCCGCAUGGUCUCUUGGAGGCCGGUAUGCAAGACAAGCAGAAUCGCUCUGCCAAGCAGCAAGAGGCGAAUGCUCGCGAGACUGGUGCAUCUCUUAUCAACGUUCCUACUGCGCCGCCGCCGCCACAAAUGGGACUUGUUGGCGCAAUUACCGCUCACCAGAGAGAUCGAGAUAGAGAGGGUGGUGUUGGUGCUGCGCUUACUGAGCGAGAGCGAGAACGACGAAUUGCAGAGGAACGACAGCGCAAGUAUGACGAGCUGCAGCGUGCACAGCUGGACAAAGCGAUGACAAUGGGUGGUGGCGGGGAGAUGCAACAGGGAUUCAAUCCAAUGAUGCUGAACCCAAUGAUGGGCUGGGGAAUGCCGAUGAUGUAUCCGAUGGGAGGCAUGCCUGGAAUGGGCUGGGGAGGAGCGAUGACGCCGCAACAACAGCAACAACAGCAGUACCAGAUGUGGGCCGCUCAGCAAGCAGCCAUGCAAGCCUACCAACAAGCCAUGAUGACCUUUUCACAAGCUGGAUCACAAGCAGGCUCGGAUGCGGGCGGAAAUGAUGCUAAUGCUGGACGACAGGGCGCUAGUUCACCCAUGCCUGGUUGGGGAAUGCCCAUGGGUUCCCCCAUGAUGACGCCCAUGAUGAUGCCUGGAAUGGGAAUGGGCAUGGGUAUGAUGCCAAACUUUGGAAUGGGUGGUUCAGGAUUCAUGCAGCCGCCUGCACCGUCGGUUCAACCUGGUCGCUCGCCCGUUGAAGACGCAUCUAGAUUCUCUCUUGCGCACACGCCACGCGACUCUCCCAAUAAUCGCUCACCGGAUCAUCACUCGAAAGAGAACCAAUCAUGA